AUGCGAGCCUACGACUUUGUCACCAACACGCCUCUGCGCUUUGACCAGCAUAAGAACUACCUGGUCGACGAUGUCGCCUUGGUUCGGUCUUCGCCGCCGCUCACACCUCUGCCCAAAGGUAUUAUCAUUAUUUUUUUCUCAUAGCGAGCAAGGAGAUUUUUACUUCGCCCUUCAAAUUUUUAAAUUUAAUCCGAAAUCUUAUAGAACAAGUCUGAUCUUUGAAACCCCAACCUUCUCAACUCCCAAUGAAGAAAAUUUUUAAAUCUAAGAACUGUUUAUUUAUUUUUUGGGUAUUUAAAGUUUUUUCUGACUUUCCGGAACAAAUUCUCGAAAAUAAAAGCGUUAAGCACGUUUAAAAUAUCGACGCUUUCUUUUGGUGUAUCAAAAAGGUUUCUGGUUAGUUUUAGAACUUCUUCGUUUUCUUCCUCCACGGCACAGAUCUGUCUUUGAGCGAACGAUGAAAAUUUCAUUUUUAUUUUGACAAAAAAAAACUUCUCUCCAUUUUCGAACUAUUUUGGCUUAGUCAAUUGCACUUCAAAGUCAUCUUUCUUACUUGAGAAACAAAAAUCAGAUUUAUUGUCAUUAAAAAGGAUAUUCUGAAUCAUUUCUCAAUUAUCACAUACAAUAUCUAAUUCACUAUCACGAUAAAUUCUCAAAAAAUCUUUUUGUUUUGUAUUCUACCCGUUCGUCGCCUCGAAACGUGGAUGUUUUGAGAAGUUUUGAGAGAACCGUUGUUUCCAGCUGUGAAUUUGAUCAACAAAAAAAUGAUAGAAAACAUUUCGCUUUCGAAUGAGAAUGAAACUAUUUUUACGACGAGAACGGAAUUAAGUCCUGAAGUUUUCAAAAGAGCCAUGAAGAAGAAGGUUUAAAGUUUUCGAUAAAAGAAACAGUUUUCAAAGAGAGAAGAGCGAAGUUUUCAAGAUGAUACGCUCCAGGAAGGAGCCAUUGUAAUACUUUCAUAGUUAAACUUUUUCACGUUAAAUUUUUGAGCCGUUUGGUUGAGAAUUUCUUGGCAACUCAAGAGAUGGAUAGAUUCUGGCAGGUGACCAUUUUUGGCCACUAAUCCGUUGUUCCUAAUCGCUUCUCCUAUGCAAACAGGUGCACUGUCGUUUUUCUUCGCACGGGAUGACCAAUUUUUUGCGUUUCCCAAUUCGUUUUAGCAGUAUCUCUAUUAAAAAAACGGGUAUUCCUUUUUGCAAGAGUUUAUUUGCAAUUCAAAGAAUAGUUUUGUUUUUUGUUUCGAGAUUUUCUGCGCAGGAAUUGAUUUGGAAAUUGGACACCUGUGUAUGAAACAAACCGAAAUUUCUCAAUUCUCUCUCUUUUUUCUUCCAUUUGGGCAGCCGUUGAAACUGCAAUCGUGAACUUCUUAGAGACUUGAAUACUUCCAGUCACUUUUAAUACUAGUACGCGAAAACUUAAUCCUACCGCGUUGCCCAUUUACGAGUUUUCACCCCAUUUCAUUCAAGUCGUCAGAUUGUUGCGCGCAAGAUUCCACUGAGAAUAAAGAAUUUUCUAUUCCAUCCCCUCUUUUUGUUCUUGUAUCUGUUAUAACCUCUUGGGAUUUGUUGGCGCGCAGGAUAUGCGUGUGUGUUUUCAAAAAAAAAAAGAGAAAAAAUGCUUGUUCUGUGACGUUAUGCCAGCUGUUGUGAUUUUUAGAGCGCCUCGCUGUUCUUUUUUCUUUAAAUCGUUAAAAAGGUACCUCCUGAAAACCCGAAGUUUUUUUAAUGCUACAUAGAAAAACGGCCUGAAAAAUUUUUGUGAGAUCUUCUGAACUCACAAGAAAACCUCGAGUUUUUUCCAAAAUUUCACCAAUUUUUUUUCAACUGCUAUUUUUCUUACUACUUUUUAGUGCGCAAUAAUUUUUGAAAUGUAAUAAAGAAGUAAAUUUGGGUAACCACGUUUUCCCGGCGGCCGUUCUCACUGAACUUUCAACAAAAAAAACAGGCGUCAGUUUUUUCUUUCAGAGAAAUUUAUAAACAUGCCGAAGAGCAUGAUUUAUUUGGAGAUCGGAAUCGGACUGCCAUAAACGAAUUAUAGUAACUGCUCAUAAAAUGCUCAAAUAGAGAAAUGCAUGAUAUCGUUUUGAACAGUCAAAAUAUAACAUUCGUUUCUGAGUUAGCAUUAUUUCCCUAAAUCGCGAAAUUCUUUUUUCUCGAGAAAUUAUUAUUCUUUGAAAACGAGUUUGAAGCUUUGUUUUGCCUGCUGAAAUUUCGAACUGGAAAUUGAUAGCAUUUGCGACAGCCGCUGCGGAACACUUCCGGUGUUCGCAAUUUAUUUCGAACUCGUCGAAAUUUAAAAAAUUUCUACAAUAGACAUAGCAAAUGCAUUUCAAUGAAUGGAUAGAGCGACGAAUCUGAUUAACUGUCAAAUUUCGGAUUUUUUUUGCACAAAUUCAAUGACCUGGUAUCAGAAGUAAUUUAAUGAUAAAAGUUGAAAAUCAACAAAAAAAUGAGCAGUAGAAAAAAUUUUCAGAUCAAUGAUAUAGUUCAUUCAGAGAAAAGAAUAACUAGAUAAUUCGUCUAGGAUGUCCAGAAAUAAAAACUGCUAGUCAUUUUUCGGUCAACUUUUGAUUGAUUCUUUUUCGUGAUUGCAAAAAGUCGCAGAAAAUUGUUCGGCCGAUCAAUGACGACCAUUUCUUAACAGUUUCAAGUCUCCGAUUCCAAAUACUUGCUACUUAUUCUCUCAGGAGCCCGCAAAAAAUAAUUAGAUUGAAUCAAAAUAUUUUAAUCAUGAGGUGGUAAAAUUUUUAUCAUUCUUACUCUGCUUGACUACGAUGAAUGUUUUUGAUUUUUGCGAGCGGAAAAUUUCUUGAUUUUCUUCCGACCGUCACGAUUUUCCAUGCUAAUACAUUAGGAAUGAACAUCUUCUGACGUUUAGGAGAGUUUGCGCAAUUUCUACCGGACACUCUGACCUUGGUGUUAAAUUUAUUGUUCGCCGGUGCUUAAAAUGUUUGCCAAGUUUUUAUUAGUGAAAUAUUCUCCUUCAUUUCUUGUUAGUCAGCAACUUUUUCUAGUAGCCACUGCUCGAAAGUAAACAAGAAUGACCAAUUUAUUUUUCGACUGACAAAAUAUCAAAACUUGUUUUGAAAAAAAAAGUUAGCGCUUUUUCGAUUUUUUAAACAGACCUUCGUAAAUUAGCAAGCGCCUUUUGUGAUUUCAAGCACAUUCUCUCAUACUAAAAUUAUUUUUCUCUUGUCUACCUUUACUGAGAUCGGACUUUUUGAUUGCUCCUUGACGCGUACUAAAAAUUGGAAGACGUUCGAAUAUUGAAAACUGGUUCGAGAAUAGACACUGCUCUCACUGCAGAAUGAAAUUUUUUUUUUGAUUCAAAUAAACAAGGGUUCUGGGGUCGUUUGAUUAGUAAUGUAGGCCAUCCGGCGCGUCCUCUCAACUCACGACAGGAAACUCGUCGUGAUCCUCUGCGACUUCUUCUUUGCCUUCUGGCGGUUUUCCCUCUUCUACGCAAGCCACGGCGAAUGACAACAGUCUCCACCACUAGAACUAUUCGGAAAAUCGAGAACAUGAACUGA